AUGGCCAAUUUCAAACCACAUACAAAGGCCAUGUUCACACGGCUCAUUGAGGAAGUCUGGCAUCUUCGAAGCGGCAUUGAGUACUCGGAGAAGGGAAAGAAUUACUACAUGAUCACCUUGUUCUCUAGGGGUGACUAUGACUUCGUGAAGCGUGGAGGACCUUGGAUUUUCAACCAGAACGCACUGAUUGUCACUGACCUACAUGAAUCUUUGCAACCAUCUGAAACAGCCUUGAAUAUAGUGCCAGUUUGGGUGCGCAUCUAUGAUGUACCAUGGGGCAAGCAGAAUGAAAUCUGGGGCUAUAUAUAUGGUGAUGGCUUGGGAAAAACACUGGAGGUGGACGUACCGGCUAGCGAGCAACAGAAAAAGGAGUUCUUUCGGGUGAGAGUUAACUUGCCAUAUGAUCUUCGCUUGCAUACACGAAUUAUUGCGGGGGAGAAGGGCAGACCACAGGAGGCCAAGAUCUUUAAGCUGAAGAAUGAGCAAGUACCCUACUACUGCUCCCAUUGCGGUUUCAUGGGACAUAGAACAUAUGACUGUGAGAAGAGGAGGAUGGGGACACCCUCCUUAGACUAUGAUACCAACGAGCUCAGGUGCAGCCCUUACAAAAAGUUUGAGCACAUAACCUACUAUGUACCACCGGCUGCACCGGUGAAAAGAGGUUUAAGCUUUUCAAGCUUUGGGAGUGUGGGAUCCUUUAAGAAUUUUGAUCAGAACGUGCCUAUGACGCGUAGAAGAAGCAGUAUGACCCCAGACUAUGUACCCUCGCAAGCUGACUCGGUGGAUGAGAAUAAUAGCAUGCCGCCAUUGAUGGAGGAUCCCUUGCAAGAUGGUGUAGUCCUGGAAGAGGCUGAUGUUCCGAUGCAGGCAGAGGUGGAGUCGACCCUUGUGGCACAAGUGGAUGCAAUGCUGGUCACCGCUGAGACGGGAGCACAGACAAAUUAG